UGUCUUUUGUAUUUUCCAAAUGACAAAACCACAUCAAAAUGGACAUGACUUGGUAGACAUGGUAAUGCGGACUUCAUCAUAUAAGGGGAUAUUAAAAGUAUAUAGUUAAUCCAUGAAGAAAAAAUAUUUAUCGGCCAAUAAGCAGUUAUCAUUGAAGUUGAAGAAUGGCAUUGUUGUUUUGUUCUAAUGUCUUUUGUUGACCACUGACUUGACACUUCUUCCACAGCCUGCGUCGUCGUUUCGAAAUGAAGUGUUUCCAUUUCUCCAACGGAAGUGAGAAAAGAGGAGUUGAAGACGAAGAAGCUUCGGCUUCAAGCUCCCGAACUUCAAGGGUCUCAUGGGCGCGUUCUCUCAGCUUAAUGGACUCACGCCGUUCCGAAUUCGACUCAGAUUCAAGAGACUUCUCCGAUACGCUCGGCUUCCACGAGUUUCUCUCUCAGCGUCGAGCCAAUCACCUUCACCUCUUCUCCUUCUCCGACCUUAAACUCGCCACUCGUGGAUUCAACAGAAGCCUCUUAAUCGGUGAAGGUGGCUUCGGUUCUGUUUACAGAGGCACCGUUAAUCAUCGUUCCCAAAUCGAUGUUGCCGUUAAACAGUUAAAUCGUAACGGUCAUCAGGGGCAUAAGGAAUGGAUUAAUGAAGUUAAUUUAUUGGGGGUAAUUAAGCAUCCAAAUCUGGUGAGAUUAGUGGGUUAUUGUGCUGAAGAUGAUGAAAGAGGGAUUCAAAGGCUUUUAGUGUAUGAGUUUAUGCCUAAUAAGAGUUUGGAAGAUCAUCUUUUGGUUCGUGUUCCUUCAUCGGUUCUUCCUUGGAUGACUAGAUUGAAAAUUGCUCAAGAUGCAGCUCGUGGUUUGGCAUACCUGCAUGAAGAAAUGGAUUUUCAGCUAAUAUUUCGAGAUUUUAAAACAUCCAACAUCUUGCUGGAUGAGGACUUCAAUGCAAAGCUUUCUGAUUUUGGACUCGCUAGGCAAGGACCCUCAGAAGGGUUUGGCUAUGUUUCAACAGCAGUUGUUGGCACCAUAGGAUAUGCUGCACCAGAGUAUGUUCAGACUGGUAAGCUGACUGCUAAGAGUGAUGUCUGGAGCUUUGGUGUAGUUCUUUAUGAGCUUAUCACCGGAAGGAGAGCCGUAGAAAGAAACCUACCGAAAAACGAGCAAAAGCUUUUGGAAUGGGUAAGACCUUAUGUAUCUGAUCCUAAGAAGUUCCAUCAUAUUGUCGAUCCUCGACUUGAAGGACAGGAUUGCACCAAAUCAGCUCAUAAACUUGCAAUCCUAGCAAACAAGUGUCUCAUGAAGCAGCCAAAGUCUCGCCCGAAAAUGAGUGAGGUGGUUGAGAUUCUUGGAAACAUUAUCAACGAGACUGUUCCUAUGGAUGAAUGCAUUUCCGAAACUGUUGCAGAAACUCAAGAAGAACAAGAAGUAAAUUUAUCUGUAGAGGAUGCUGAACCUGAACCAGCUAAACAGGGGAAUAAUUAUCUGAAGAAGGUUUUUGAAUUCAGAGAUAUGGUCAGCUUAAGAAAUAAAUCCAUUGGAAAGUUUGAUUGGAAAAGUUGGGCGCCUGGGCUUGUAAGAACUUGGUGAUAUAAAGGAUCUUCAUUCAUAUCUUGGAAAGUAAAAUCUUCCUCUACCGUUGCCUGUUCAUUGCAAUGUUCGGUUAUCACGUAGUUCGGCAAGUGAAAUCAGCAUUGUGGUGCACAUGGUUGAACCUAAAAUUGGAUCCUCUACACAUAUUGUAUGAUGCAAUAACUAUAGGGACACUUAGAUCUAGAGAGAUAAAUUUCCCUCUAAAUCUAAUAAUUCCUAUGGCAUCACCAGACAUCAUUAUACAACAACAUUAGAGGAUCUAGGUUUCGUUAGCAUGUUGAUCAUAGUCAAUUUUGUAUUAAUUAAUAAUUGUGUGUACAGGAUAAUUUUGGGAAAAGCUAUAAUAUUAAGUGCAUGUUUGGUUCCACUUUUGGAGGAACCAAAACCAAUUCUAGAAGUGUAGAAUUAAUUCUGAAA